GGCCAAGUCACUCAUCCAAGUUACAUACAAGUCAGGUGAUUGAAGUGACGUAAUGACCUCGAUCUGUACUUUGACCUGAGAAUGGCAACACCAUUUUUCAGUGGAAUGUUGCUUGCUGGUAUGGGUAGCAUGUGACAAUGAGUAAUACCGGUGUUGGGUAUACGGAUAUACAGUUGGAACUCUGUAGAUCGUGGCCAAUAAGUUUAUCCCGCAAUAUAUGUGAAAGAACGACGUAAUGCAUGCUGUAGAAAUCAAUGCAAUGUUACGAAAUGUAUUUAAGGUAGACGACAACCCCUACACAAAUUUACAGAUGAAACAGUCCAAAAUGGCGGCGGUCCCGUUGACGCGAACUUGUAGUUGGGAUUCUUCUUUCGUCCAGGUGGAUUUGGAAAAUCCUUCGGAGGAAGACGAACCGGUUACAACAUGUUCAGAAGAUCCUCAGUUUAGCGACAAACCAAUUACAUUAGAAACGAUGGGCAAGGAAACAUUUCAGAGGUUGUUCGACUCCGAUGGGAGGCUGGUCGAUGAACAUUUGUUCAGAAAAACCGUCUUUAGAGGUGGAAUAUGUGAAGAAGUACGUAAAGAUGCCUGGAAAUUCUUGUUUGGCCUUUAUCCAUGUUCAUCCACAGCCAGGGAGCGAGAAACUCUUGCUCUGGAGAAUCACUGCAGGUACCAUGCAUUGAAGACUAUAUGGAAAAAAAACCUAUCAUCACCGCAGUAUAGUUAUUGUGUUGAUAAACCUGAUUAUUUGACUGAUGACAGUCAGGAACAAGAUGAAGUAUUUACAAAUGAGAUUGAGUCUCUCAAUAGCAUCACGGUCGGUGGGACACGGAAACUUAGUGAAGAAGUGAAACAACAGAAAUGUUUUGCUGAUAUACAGGGACAGGUGUAUGCUGGUCGACAAUCCAUUGAUAUGAACUCAGGCUGCUGUGCUAUAAGAAUCAUAGAUAAAGAUGUACCGAGAACCGACAGAGAUCAUCCCUAUUUUCUAGGUGAUAAAAAUCCACAUUUAUCAGUACUGCGAGAUAUACUUAUAACAUUUGCUGUAUUUCAUCCAGAUGUAGGAUAUGCACAGGGAAUGAAUGACAUAGUCAGCAGAUUUCUCAUCGUCUUCAAUUCAGAAGUGGAUGCUUAUUGGUGCUUUAUUAAAUACAUGGAAAACAUUCACACAGAUUUCGUAGAAUCCGGAAUGCUUCGGAAAAUCAAACUUCUAAGGCAGCUUUUACAGGAAGUUGACAGACCCCUCUACAGGCAUCUUAAUAGAUGUUGCACGGAAGACUUGAUGUUUGCACACAGGUGGUUGAUGUUAACUUUUAAAAGGGAAUUUCCAUUUGAAGAUGGAUUGAAAUUAUUUGAGAUAAUCAGUAGCCACUAUCUGGAGUUAACGUCAGUCGAGGCUGAGAGAGAACGAGACAUGGAGAGAGCUCGAGAAUUUGAGAGAAUUGAGGGUGGUAGAAUCCUAGAGACUGAAAUCAGCAGUGCUAACAACGACUUCACCUUUGAACUAUUCGUGUGUGCUGCUAUACUGAUAGAAGAAAGAAAGCUGAUAUUGAAAUGUGACGACUCUGCCUCUGUCUUCACUACAGUCAAUGGUUUGAUGUGUACAAUGGAUCUUGCCACAAUCAUCAAUCGAGCAGAGAACGUCUUCCUCUCUUACUGUAGAAAAUCAGCACAAGAUUGUUUUGCCUUGGUAGAGUUGCCUCAAUCAACGGUGCCAUACGUUGCACAGAAUCAUGGGUACCUUUGA